UAUUAUUGGAGUCCUUGACCAUGAAGAUGACUUUGUAACAGUAGAACAUCAGCAUCUGUCAGAACCAGAAAUGAGGGCAUGCUCAACAACUGUGUUUUAUUUGCAUCACAACUACUUCACUAACCACUCCAGACUCUCUCUCUCUCUUUCUAUCUCUCUCUUUCGAUCUCCCUUUCUCUAUUCAUCGUCUUUUCCUUCUUCCCCGUUUUCCAACACCAUCAACAGACAUGGCUUCCGGUAAGUCUUACUCUGAUUGCAGCAGUACUGAUGACGAUCAUACCAACAACAACAAUGGCGCCACCACUUUUGACCUAAACGCCACCUUAAGUACCAUUGAAGAUAGAACAAACCAGCAGUGUGCAAGAGGCCAUUGGAGACCAGCUGAAGAUUCUAAGCUUAAAGAACUUGUUUCUCUCUACGGCCCACAAAAUUGGAACCUCAUUGCUGAAAAACUACAAGGAAGAUCAGGUAAGAGCUGUAGACUGAGAUGGUUCAAUCAGUUGGAUCCAAGGAUAAACAGAAGAGCUUUUACAGAAGAAGAGGAAGAAAGAUUACUGGCUGCUCAUAGAUUGUAUGGUAACAAAUGGGCUAUGAUUGCAAGAUUGUUUCCUGGUAGAACUGAUAAUGCUGUUAAGAAUCAUUGGCAUGUUAUAAUGGCUAGAAAAUAUAGGGAACAAUCCAGUUCUUUUAGGAGGAGAAGAAUGGCUCAAACAAGUUUCUAUGAGAAUAACGAAACAGAGCUUAUGAGAACAGAACAAAGAUCGCCGCCGCCGACAAUGUUCCCGUCGGCGGCGUGUUAUGGCUUUGCCGACGAUCGGUUUUACUUACAACAGACACCUCUGGACAUUCAUGCCAUUUCAGGAGGAGGGGGAGGGGGAUUAAAGAGGAGCAUGGCACUAUGUUGGGAAAGGACAAGAGAAGAGCCAAAUAUGUACAGUAGUAAUGGUGGUGGUGGGUAUAUGAAUAUCUGUAAUUAUAAUCCACACGAUCAUGAGCGAGCAGGAGGAGCAGAAGCAGAAGAAGCAGCUGAUUCGUCAAUGGCAGUAUUCAUAACUGGUCCUUCUUCAUUGUCAUCAGUUGCUGAUCAAAAAGAGAACACGGCAGUAACAUCAUCAUCAUCAUCAUCCCCUUUAUUCAUAGAUUUUCUUGGAGUGGGAGCCACAUUAACGAGUUAGGAAAAGGAAAGCUCAAAAAGGGUGUUUCCCUAUUAAACGCAUCCUUUCCUCUUUUUUCUUCAUUAGAGAGGCAGACGAGGAAAGUUUAAGACUACAUAACUAGCUUACCCAGCUAGCUAGCUACCUGUUUACAUCUUUUCCUU